CUCUGUGUAACAGACCUGGCUGUCCUGGAACUCACUCUGUAGACCAAGCUGGCCUCUAACUCACAGAGAUCCUCCUGCCUCUGCCUCCCAAGUGCUGGGAUUAAAGGUAUGCACCACCACCAGUCUGCAAGACUCAUAUUUUUUAAUCCUAGGGUCACAUUAUCAGUGAAAUCACUUUGUAAAUCACAAUAUUUUAAUUAUGGUUCCUGUUCUUCACAAUCAUACAAAUAUAUUUUGUAGCACAUUCUCUUGCCUAGUUACAGUACAGACUUAAAUGGCUAACUUACCUAGUUAUAAAUGUUGAAUUAAGAAGAAAUGGUGGGAGGUUAAUCUUCCUGAAAAUCUGAAAGAAUAAAUAGUUUUUGCAAGGUAGCAGACCAUGUAAUUUACUCUAAAUCAGGAACCUAAUGAAGAAAGACAUUAGUAUAUGUUUAACAAAGGUGUAUGUAUUGCCUUAGGAAAUAAAGCUGGAUUUUAAAUUAACACUUUAAGAAAACUGCAAAUUUGAUAGAGAGAGGGGGAGAGAGAGAGAGAGAGAGAGAGAGAGAGAGAGAGAGAGAGAGAGAGAGAGAGAGAGAGAGAGAGAGAUCACAGCGGGUGGGGGCUCUGUCUCAUCUUUGAGGUAGCUGAGCUUCCUCCCUUUAAAGGAGGGAUGUUCUUUUAUCUUUAGUGUCUUUGUUUCCUUCCCUGUUACAACUUUGAGCUAACUAGACUACUUUCCCUUCAUUCCUGUUUAGAUACAGCCCUUAGGAAAUGUGUUACCACAAUUGAAUGUUUUUAUUAUUUUAUGGGGUGUGUGUGUGUUUGGUGGUGGGUGUGAUUCAUAUAAAGCCCUCACCUCUCACUUCAGAUGAGACAGUUGCUACUUUGCUGCAGAAUUGGCUGUUGUCAUUUUACAGGGACCUUUCACUCUGAUCUCUCCUUCCCUCCCCACCAGGAAAGAAUACCAUACUUAAGUCACACUGCCUCCAAGACCUCUGGUGCUCUGACAGUCUUCCUUAGCACAGCUCUGCCAGACCCAGUCCCUUUUGUUAAACCCUCCCUUGAUGAUCACAUGGGGCAGCAGGGAUUUCAGGUGCCAAGAGUGACAACCAGGAGGGGAAGGAGUCUGGGGACUAGGGAGGGUGGGGUUUGGGGUUGUCAAGCUAGGUAAACAGUGAUUUUGAACAGAAGGGGUGGGGGCUGGUGGGGUCCUUCCUAUUGGGAAGGAUAUGGGGUAGGAGAAGGGGAAGAAAAACUGUUCGGUGUCUUACAGAACUAGUUAAAAAUUGCUUUCCUGUUGGGGACCAGUGUCGGAAGCAUCCUUAUUCCCCUUAGAAAACUCCUCUUUCUAGGUAUUAUCUUUAAUUGGAAUCUGUAAGUUAAAACAAAUGUGGUGGGGUUUUCUACUUUUUGGUAAUGUGUAAUAAUGUGAUAAAGAACUGAGGUUUGUGCUCUGAGUUUGGGGUGGGGGUUGUUUUGUUCCAUUUUGAAGGAAAUUUAAGCCAACCUAAAUAUGAUGACAGGAUUAAGUUUGGCAGGCAACUCUUUGUAUUUUGUAUUAGACUUCAAAAAUCUUUUCUUCUUCUUCUUCUUCUUUUUGUUUUUUGUUUUUUUUAAAUCCAGGAGAAUGCUUUAUUUCAACUUUUAGCUGACUAGAUGCUUAACUUAGUAACAAGUUUAGCCUAGCUAAAAGCAAAUCGGCUUGUUUCUCAGAUCUAUGGGGGAUAGCAAGAAACAUUUGAGUGAAUGUUGUUGAAGAUUUUCAGUAGUAUAGAAAAUGAUGGCGCUCUUGUGAUAUUUCAAGCAAGGAUUUGGCACAGACAUCCUAUUUCAUGGCUACCAACAGGUUGUUAUCCUGACCCUCUUUGUUGCACUGUUGUAGCACACUAUAGCUUCCUUUAAUGCAGGGCCCCCUCAACGUGUCUCUUGCCCUUGUUGCAACAGGAGACUGGACCAUCUACUGUGGUGGUACCUUCCUGGUUGCUUUGCGGUGUAUUGUACAAGGGACUUCGGGCACAGAGGGGUUAAAUGCACACUGUGAAGUGUAGUGGUGCUUUCUGGUGGCAUAUUCUCGAUUUGUGAGUGCAUAAGUCUAAACUUGGUAGCCUGAAUAGCAGCUAAAGAUUACACAGAGCUAAACUUAACCUAGAAACUUGGUAAGUAUAAAGCUAUUUCUAGUUUACAAUUAUAGUUAAAUGACAUUUCUUUUUUUAAUUUUUACAUUUAUCCAGUCUUUUAAAAUAAUUGCUAAAGUUUCUUAAGUAAAAUUUAUGUGAUUUGAGACUUGUUUUAGAUAAUAUUCCAAACAGUAAAUUAGAAGUCGUCAAAUAUCAUCAGUGCCUAGACUAGCAGAGAUAUAGUCUUUAUUCCAGAAGUCUCGAUUUCCAUUUAUAGAAAGUGAAAAUGUAUGUGUUUGUGUGUUUCACCUUUUCUAAACUAGAAAAGUAGUUUUAAGGAGGCUCUAAAAUUGAAUGCAUAAUUCUGUUCUGGGUUGGUAUUAAAUGUUGAAAGUUUUUUAAGUGGGCACUGUGGAAGUUCACCAAAGUACCUUUUUGAUUUAAGCAAAACUUAGUUGAUUGGCCGUGGUGUCAUGCCCCUGUCAUCCCAGACUGGAAGACAGAGACAGGAAGAUCAGGAUAUCAGGGUUGUCCUUGACUAUGCAAAGAGUGUGAGGCCAGUCUGGGCUACAUGAGACCCUGUCUCCAAAAUCUAAUUAAAAAAAAUUUUUUUUUGCCUAAAAAGCUAGCCUAUAAAAUGUCAUGUGCUCAAUUUUUGGUAUAUAAUGAAAAGUAAAGAUAGUAUUUCUUAGUAUUAACCUAUUUGAGCCUUGAAAUUUUUUUUUUUUGCAAAAGGUAAGUUCUCUUUGAGGCUUUGCUGGAAGGGACACAGAAAUGUACAUGAACAGGGACUAACAGCUCUAACAUACUAAGAAGUACUUUUGCUGUUAAGUUACAUCGAAUGGUCUGAUCUUUGAUUGUGCUAUUAAAAUUGCUUUGUUUUAUAAUGUCUUUACAUUUUUUCAUAAUGUUAAAAAAAAACCAAGAUUACCACAAAAAAAGGUUUAAAAGGUUGUAUUUUGUAUAUGAUGAUUAUUGUAAAUAUACUGUUUUACCUUUGUGUGAUUGUUAGGUUUUAAAACAAAAAAAUUAACUAGUAUUAAUCAAUUAGAUAAAAUAUUACUAUGCUGUGGAGGGAUGAAAAUGAGGGAAGUGAUCUAUAUAAAGGUUUUUUAUUAUUUCAGUAGUGUUCACUCUUAAUAGAAUAUUGUUAUGUAAAGAAAUACACUUCUGAUUUUAUGUUUGCUUUUGUCUUACUGGCAAAUGUUUUUCUUUGUUUUACAUAUUUUGAAUUUUUGUGGCCCUCCACUUUUAAAUCCACUCUACAACAGUUUGCAUCUUACGACCUUCUGUCUUCAGUACAAACCCACAGUGAUAGCAUGUGUAUGCAUUCAUUUGGCUUGCAAAUGGUCCAAUUGGGAGAUCCCUGUGUCAACUGAUGGAAAGCACUGGUGGGAAUAUGUGGACCCUACAGUUACCCUAGAGCUGCUAGAUGAGCUAACACAUGAGUUUCUACAAAUAUUGGAGAAAACGCCUAGUAGGUUGAAGAGGAUUCGAAACUGGAGGGCUAUGGCUAAGAAACCAAAAGUAGAUGGACAAGUAUCAGAGACACCACUGCUUGGUUCAUCUUUGGUCCACAGUUCCCUUUUAUUAGAUAGUGUCACUGGUGUGCCUGCCAACCCAAGUUUCCAGAAACCUUCAACGUCAACGUUCCCUGCUCCAAUACCUCUAAAUUCAGGAAAUACUUCUGUUCAAGACAGCCGUGCAUCUGAUAACUUAUCAGUGCUGGCAGCAGGAAUGCCCAGUACCUCGUACAGUUUGUCAUCACACCAAGAAUGGCCUCAGCAUCCAGAUUCAGCCAGGACAGACCCAGGAUACACACAGAAACAGGAGGCUACUCUCUCUGGGAGCCAGUACAUCAGCUUCCAGCAGGGUCCUUCUGUGACACUUCAUUCAGGAUUACAUCACAGGCCAGACAAAGUUACUGAUCAUUCAUCAGCUAAGCAAGAAUAUACUCAUAAAUCUGGGAGCAGUAAGCACCAUGGGCCUGUUCCUGCUGUUCCUGGAGUAGUUCCUCAGAAAAUGUCUUUAGAUAAGUACAGAGAAAAGCGGAAGCUAGAAACCCUGGACCUGGACACAAGGGAUCAUUACAUAGCUGCCCAUGUAGAGCAGCAGCACAAACAUGGGCCAGCAGUCGCAGGCAGUUCUGUCACUUCUCCCAUUAAAAUGAAACUUCCCAUCGCCAACUCUGACAAACCUGAGAAACACAUGGCAGAGAAAAAGGAAAAGAGUGGAUCACUGAAGUUACGGAUACCCAUCCCGCCCCCUGAUAAAGGUCCCAGUAAAGAAGAGCUAAAGAUGAAGAUCAAAGUGUCGUCCUCAGAAAGACACAGCUCUUCAGAUGAAGGCAGUGGGAAGAGCAAGCAUUCGAGCCCACACAUCAGCAGAGACCACAAGGAGAAGCACAAGGAACACCCUGCCAACCGCCACCACAGCAGCCACAAGCAUUUGCACAUGCACAGCGGAGGUGCUAAGCAUCCUGCUGAUGGGAUGCCGCCCACUGUGCUGAGGAGUCCUGUGGGCCUGGGUCCCGACGGCAUCUCCUCCAGCUCCAGUGCAAGGAAGAAGCUGCAUAUCAACGAUGCCUCCCACAACCACCACUCCAAAAUGAGCAAAAGUUCCAAAAGUUCAGGUAGUUCAUCUAGUUCUUCCUCUGUUAAGCAGUAUCUACCCUCUCACAGCUCUGUUUUUAACCAUCCCUUACCCCCUCCUCCCCCUGUCACAUACCAGGUGGGCUACGGACAUCUCAGCACCCUCGUGAAACUGGACAAGAAACCAGUGGAGCCCCACGGUCCUGAGGCCAAUCACGAGUACAGUACAAGCAGCCAGCAUUUGGACUACAAAGACACAUUCGACAUGCUGGACUCGCUGCUAAGUGCCCAAGGAAUGAAUAUGUAAUCAUUUGUUUAGGUCAACUUUUCCUUUGCUUUUUAAUUUAAAAAUGGUUGGAAUGGAAAAUUUCCUCCUGGUCCAGCAGUGGUGCCACUGCUUCCAUAUUUGUAAGUGCUGCUUUUUUCUUCAUUCUGAAAAGAAGAGAUGAUAGUAAACAAGUCUAUCUCCACAUACGAUAGUGUUACAGUACUGUAAACGCAUGGAAGAUGCAGCUAAGAACAUUAGGUUGAAUGGCUGGCUGCUGCUAGGAAUCUAAGCUGCCUCAAGCUUUUGUUAUUUAUAAUUUGAAUACUGUAGCUGUUUUUUGUUGUUGCUUGGCUUUGAAUGAGUGUCAAUUGUUUUUCUUUUGUGUAUUUAUACUUGUAUGUAUGGUUUGCAUGUCUCAGUGAUAAAGGGAUAAAACAGAAUACUGACAACUGUUUACAAGAAAGUGGAGAAAAAAUGUACAUACAUUUUUGUAUGUUUAGAUAUUACCAUAAAUACUCAGGAUCGGAGCUGCUUGUAAGUAUAACAAUAUACAGAAUAACUUUAUUUUCUCUCGUCAGAGUCCAUCACUAAUCUAAAACACAAGUGGCACUUUUUUAUGUUAACCUUAAACUCUAGGCCUUACUGGAAGCCGCUGAGGGGACACUUCACUACUAGACGGGAUGCGGUGCCACGGGUGGUCCUUAAAACACUGGGAAGCUCUCAGUUUGCCUUCAGAGGUUCUGACCAGAUUGGCUGCAGAGUCAGCCCCUAAUUUCUGAAGGCUUGAAGAGGAAAAAAAAAUAAUAAAGUUUACAUACACUUGAUGUGAAGUGCAUUUAAAUGUUUGUUGGCUUGUUGCAGUGCUAUAGAAGAGCAGUUAAUAAUGGGCAUGAGGAUGACUGUGACUUAACUCACAGGAGCUCCCAGUGAAGAAUUGGUCCAGUUCUUCAAGAACUUUGACACUACAGAGUUUAGCAGUGAACAGGGAUCACUUUUCCUUUAGCAUUUGCAGUGACACCAUAGUCUUGAAUAUACUCUUCCCAUGGAGAGAGAGAGUGAGUGAGUGUGGCAGUGAGAAAGAGAGAGAUACCAUAUUUCUUUUUCAGGUAAAUGCAGUCUUCCUUAUAAAAAUGAAAUUAAACCUAUGCUCUCUUGAUUCUUUUAUAUUCUAACAAUAAAUAAAAAGAAAACAUUGCUGACUGUGCAUUGUACCUGCAUUUAUAGCUUAUGGUCAUUAUCAGGAAAAUGUAAGGAAAAGGCCAGCCUCAGGCCAGCCACUGCAGGAGGUUCUACAUUCGUUUGCACGUCUUAGUAGCUUCUCAUUGAGGUGACGCUUGCACUGUCACCUGACGCCUGGUCAGGAGAUAGGCCAACUUGUCUAAAUUUUGGUGUAAGCACCAAUAGUAUGGCUCUUGUCUGUUGCCUAAUCUUGAAUUUAUUUCUGUGGUAAGUCUUAGCUGUUGAGUCUCUUAAAAUGGGUCGGAUUCAACUUGUCUUGAAUCACAAUUUUUCUCUGUAUAUGAACUGUUUUGUUAUAAAGCCACUGAUCUGUGCACAAUUGUAAUUUUAUGCAAGUAUGUUGUGCUUGUAAAUAUUAGAGUUGAACCUUGUACUCUACUUUUAUUUAGCAAUUACUUAGUUUGCCAGUAGCUUUUUGGUUUUUUUUUUUUUUUUUAAGAAAAUUGUUGAUUAUUUUGUCAAUGUUGUUUGAAUUUGGGAUGUCAGGAGCCUCUUUGUGGGAACUCAGCCUAGCAGGCUCAUCCUCGCUGUUUUGUCUUGCAUCAGUAAUCUGUUACUAUGUGAUUUUGUUGCUGUGUGGUGUACUAUUGUAUCAUAAACAUGGUGGUUCUGAUGCAGUUACAGUGUCACUGUGGUAAUAGUCAAGGACUAGCAUAGAAUUAAACAGUGCAAGGUGAGGGAGGGAAGGGUUUUGUUCUUGGUGACUUAGAUGUGAAACCUCGACAGAGCAUCAUGUGAACUGACAUGGGGUGGUCAUGCUACUGUAUCAUUGGGAGUGAUGCCAGGAAUUUUAAUCAGCUUUUGUAAAGAGUAUCCAGAAAAGUAGUGAACUUAUUUUCAGUGUGACAUAGAAAACAAUGUGAAUAUUUAAGGUCUGGGACAAUAGUUAAACUUCACUAAGGAUUUUCAGAAAUGUGUUGGGUUUUUUUGUUUUGUUUUGUUUUUUAGGUAUGGGAAUAAAGGUAAUUUUGUUGAAUCUUACUGGUGCUAAUGAUGGACAGUUAAACAGAUAGUGUAUAUGCUAUGGAUCAGUACACUUAGUACUGCCAGAAUUGACUUUGAAAUGCUGUGUGUUCACUUUUCACUCUGUAAAUGCAAUUCUUUACAAUGACUAUUUAUUAAAAGGCAGUCAGUCAUGAUUUUUACAGGAUUGUGUGAACUGUUCCAACUCUGCAACCUCUGGACAAGAUGCUAAAACCACAAUGGGGGAAAAUGUGUGAAUCUUCUUAAGUUUCCUUUCCACUAAAGGAAAACCCUCAUAUUUCAUAUCAUCAUGAAUUUGCUUGAAACAUCUUGUUUGCAUAAAAUAGUUCAUCUGCAUGGUCCCAUUAGACUCUACCAAAGAAAAAAGACUCAGUGAAUGGACAUUCUAUAUUGUGAGUCUUGUAAGUAGCCAUAAAUAACCAAAAUAGUAUCAAACUUAGGUGUGACUUUUCACAUGUGCGAAGUACUGUUAAGGUGAUACAUUUUUGAUGAGUUUUUUAAUACUUGAAAAUAUUAAAAAGCAUUAUCUUUAAAUCGUCCUAUAAAAGAGUGAUUCAUUCUUAAGGUGUGUUUCCUUAGGUUCAUGACCCUUUUGCAAAAGCACAUUGUAUCCAGAGGCUUCCUGUCUACCUCUCGCAACCAAUUUUCCAAAAUCAACAUGUGCUUCCUAAAUAUUUGCCUUAGCUACUAACGUGCAGUUUUCGGGACCAAAGCAAAUGAAUGUUUGUUUGCAAAAGUCUUCCAGGAGGCCUGUGCUACAAACUCGGUGGCAGUGUCCACUGGUGGAGAAGGCCUUGCCAUGUCUUCUAGUUGCAGAUAGUAGCGAUGAAAGGCAGCGGUGCCAGUCCCGGGUACCCUUAGAGCAGUGGAUGUGCAUCUCAGUCUUCCCUGGUACUCAGAGUGUUCAGCCUUCUCAGAUGUCUUCCGUGGUACGGGGUGUCAUGAGUGCAUCCUUUGUACCAACAAAUAGUAGUUAGACAGGACUCCCAAACUUUUGGGCCUGUCUGUCCUUUUUGUUAGGAUUUACUUUAGAGAACCAGCUUGAAAUGUUUAAUUAUAAAUACCUUGCCUUAAGAGGUUUCAAAAAGUGUAUUUUAUCUGCAAAAUUAAAAUCUGAUUUUAUUACUUAGCCAGCCUAAGGAAUAAGCCAUAUCUAUAUAUGCAUGGACGGAACAUGAUUUGUUCCUGCAUUAUGAAGAUGGCUCAUUUAGAUAACAUCUAGGAAAAAGGAAACUUUCUGGUUUGAGUUUUUUGAGACACAGUCUUACUCUAUAACAAGGAUAUGGGCUGGCUUUAAAUUAAUCCAUUCUUCUGCUUCCACCCAUGCCUGAAUCAGUGUUUAAGUUAUUUCCAGUCUUAUCUGAGUGAAAAAAAGGACUUCAAAAAGUGGGCUUAAUUUGCCAGAAGAUUCUGAGAAUUUCUUUGCUGAGAAAAAUCUGGAAACUCUUUGACUUGGUAUUUCUCUUGAUUCAGCAGUUUCCCCCUCAGGAGCCUCUCUUGGGCAGCAGUAGGAUCCACUCACCACGUUUACAUAGGGAAGAGUCAGCAAAGCCCACGCUAGGGGAACGUGAGUGGACCCAUUUUAACUCUUCUGUGCGUGUUGGUUUAAGAUAGGCGGGUUGAAGCAUGAAUGCAUUCCUGGUUUUCUUCAUUACUCCAUAUUGAGACCAUUGAUACUAGGGUGUGUGUUUAGAAUGUAGGCGCUUCUGUACAAGUUGAACAGUUAGGUGAAAGCCUAGUCGGACACUUGCUGGAAAUACCUGUCUUUAUCAUUAGUGAUCUUGGUGGUAUUGACAUGCUCCAACUAUGUUCUUUUGUUGUUCCAGUUUUAAAUUGUGCCCAGCCAGGUCUUUGUGAGUCCCCUUUCCUGGUCUAUAAUUCACCAUCUUUCCUGCCUGGCCUAUUCUUGAGGUGUGCUGACAUGCCCAAGACUGCAUGGGUAGGGCCAGUUCUGUUCUCAUAAAGCAGGCUUUGUCCAUUCACUGCAAUUCAAUAAUCUCAAAAGUCAAUCCUGUGAACUCUGUAGCUUCCCUUUGUUCCCAAGUUUUGAGAGGAAGCCUCACCUAAAAUCCUCCAGUCCAUUUAGUAGUUUGUGUUAUUUGAUUGGCCCAAUAAUGAGUAGCUUCCCUUGAUUACAAAAACCCUGGAGUACCAGUUUGUUGUGGACAGUGGAAUUUGGACAUGGAAACCCUUGUGGAUAAUGGAAUGAAACAAGAAAUGUGUAUGCUGGCAUGAAUUAGCCGUUGAAUUUCAGCUUCUCAUUACAUGAGGAAUUCAUUAUUAAUAAAGUCUGUUUAUUGACAACCAAA